CUGUAUUAUACUGCCACGCUGCCAGCUCGGUAUAUUUGAAGUAUUUUCCCACCAACGAUGAACGGCCACACGAAAGCAGUGAAAAUCCAAAUGAAACGCGAAAGCUAAUAAAUAAAAGUGUUGCAAAUUGCAGUUCUAACACAAUAUAUACAAAGCCCCUGACAGACAUUUCCAGCCAUCAAAACAUCCGAAAAAGCCAGAGCGGCAAGAAGAAGAGAGGUGCGUGGUGCGUAGUUAGUGCGAAAUUGCGUAUUAGGAAAGAAAACAACAACAACAACAACAAGGCAGCAAGACGGCUUCGAAAGCCAGUGAAAAACUGCAAACGCGGGCAACAACAAACAUUUAGCACCGAAGCAACAACAGCCAGCUAAGAUCAAAUAUCGGGUAUUAUCGAACGACAGACAGCAGGUUACAUGGGUCUGACGGAUCAAGACUGGAUCGGCUGUGCGGUGUCAAUAGCCUGCGACGAGGUGCUCGGCGUCUUUCAGGGCCUGAUCAAGCAGAUUUCCGCCGAGGAGAUAACGAUCGUUCGCGCGUUUCGCAAUGGCGUCCCGUUGCGCAAGCAGAACGCCGAGGUGGUGCUCAAGUGCACCGACAUCCGUAGCAUCGAUCUCAUCGAGCCGGUCAAGCAGGACGUCGAUGUGCAGACGGCGCCGGUAAUCAACAAGCCCACGCCAGUCAAGCUGCCCCAUUUCUCGAACAUCCUCGGCAAGCAGCAACAGCUUCAGCUCCAGCAACAGCAGCAGCAGAAGCAACAGUUUCAGGAGCAAGAUUACGACCUGGACCAGCCACUGACGCCGCGAAACAAGGCCAAUGGACAUGGACGAGCAGCAGCAAGCGGAAGCGGAGCAGCUGGAUCGGCAUGUGGGGCGUCCUCGUCACGUAACAACUACAACUCGACGCUAAGCGACAAGAUGCACCAACUAAAGCUCAUCGAGACGAAUGGCACUAAUGGCAUAAGGAGAACACCGCAGUCAUCCCGGGCGUCUAGUGCCCAGCAGCAGCAGCCAAUGUCGACAACCCCGAACAGCGUAGCCGCCUUCUUUGGCAAUAUGAUUCCGGCCAAGGUGGAGGUGAAGCUAGGCGCCACUGCUUUCGGUAGUAACACGCGGGAGAGCUACUGCAGCAGCAGCGGAGACAGCGGUGAGGCAGGUGGAUUGCUCUUAGGCAGCAGUGCAAGCAGCAGCAGACCCAUCGACAUCGUUAGCAACGGAGACGGCUACUACAAGCAGGCAGCCUCCAGCUGCGGAAAUGGUAAUGGCAACGGCAAACGGAAUGGCAACAUUAACAAUAAUAACAACGGCAAUGGCUCCUACACCAAUGCGAAUGGGAAUGGAAAUGGUAACGGAAAGAACAAACGGAACAGGGUGCGACGGGAGAGCAGCAUGCGCCUGGUUCAGCAGACAUUCGGCACCGAGGCAGACGAUCCUCUAAUCCACGAGGACUUUGAUUUUGAGGGUAAUUUAGCGCUGUUCGACAAGCAGGCUAUUUGGGAUGACAUCGAGUCGACGCACCAGAAGCCAGAUGUUGUGCGCCAUACUGUGAGCCAUCAUCGCCAUCAGCAGCCGGAGGAGAAGUACCGGCACGAUGAGAACAUUCUGGCCAGCAAGCCGUUGCAGUUGAGACAAAUUGAGAGCAUUUUCGAUGGCAGCACAGACUUUGUGACGGACGACGGUCUGAUUGUGCCGACGAUUCCGGCCUAUGCCCGGAAUAAGAUUGAGUUGAGUGCCGAUAAGGCAGGCCUCUCGUUGCAGCGUCAGAUCGACAUCUUGGCACGAGGGGCCAGCGACCUGGCCAUCACACUGCUGGGCGGUGCCAGACGCUUGACGCCGGCCAACAAUCAUCAGUGGCCGAAGAUAGCCAUCAUUUGCGAUGGCGUUAAGAACAUGAGGGCAAUCAACAUUGGGGCGGCAACAGGUCGCCAGCUGGCUUCUCACGGCCUAACCGUCUUGCUGUAUGUGGAACAGGCGAAGCUGCUGGAGCAGAACAGCAUCAGCGCUGAGAUUUCCCUAUUCAAGGCCACCGACAAUGUCAUUGUUUACUCGGUGGAUGCCUUGCCUACGCCAGAUCUUGUGAUAUUGUCGACCAACACCGCUAAUCUAUCGGAUGCGGUCAAGAAAUGGCUUAGUGUUAAUCGCGCUUCAGUGUUGGCCGUGGAUCCGCCACCCUGUGGCAUCAACGAUGUGGCCAUCAAGUACUCAAUUUUGCCCAUAUUACCAUUAAAUGGCAUAUCAACAGCAUCAUCAUCCUCGUCGGCGGCUGCUACACCAACGCCAGUUGCCAGCACAUCAUCAGCAGCAGCAGCGGCGGCAACCAAGUCAGCAUCAGGAUCAGCAUCAGCAACAUCAACGAACAAUUGUGGCAAAUUGUAUUUAUGUAAUUUAGGUAUACCGGAUAAAUUCUAUCGUGAUUGUGGCAUUAAGUACAAAAGUCCAUAUGGACAUAAAUAUGUGAUACCGAUUCACUCAAAGGACUGAAACAACGACAACAACAACAUAAACACCAACAUACACCAACAUUUUGAACAACAACAGCAAUCAAAACAUCCCGCAUCAGCAGUAAGGGAAUACCAUUAAACACAAAACCAAGAAAAACAAACACCAACAGCCAGAAUAAGUGAACACCAUUAAAAACAAAACCAAGAAAAAAACAAUAACAAUAAUACACACAACCCGCACACUUGUGAUGAUCAUCAAGUCCAGUUUCCUGUGAAUCUAGCUCUUAGUAGUAUCUUCUUCUCAUCAUAUAUUACUCUCAAACCCGACAUUUUGUUUUACUAGUUACUAGCUAGUUCCAUGCAUCAGCCCCUUAUAUAGUAUGCCUGCUUAGUUAUCGUAUCUAUACAUUUUUCGGAAUUAAUUAAAAGCUGCCAACCUACUAUUAGUUUUCCUAAGAUUAGUCCUUCAGUUUUUUUAAAACAAUUAUUAAAGAUAUAUUUUAUGGCACAGCAGCCCUCGGUUCUGUCAAGCGCUAGUCCAGCAUUUAUAUAAGUUUCAAAAGCUUUAGUUUAGAUCAAUUUGUUCGAAAACAUUCAACCCCCAUCAUUAGACACAGACUUUAAGGCCCUUUACUUUUGAUUUGUACUCCUUCCAUUUUAUUGUCCUUCCCGCAAGUGGUCUUCAUAAUCAUAAUCAAGUAAAGAUAUCAGGCGAUGAUAAAUUGUUGUGUAAAUACCUGUAAUAUUAUAUGGGGAGGAAGCGACGGUCAUGUUAAUUAAUAUCAAGAAGUAUGCGCAAUAAAUGCCAAAUUCAAUGUCUAA